AUGAGCCAGGAUCGUUCGGCAAACCACAGGCGCAACACAGGGCAGCCUCCUCUCGCAGCUCCGCAGGCUCCACCGUUACCAGCUCCGCAGCCUAGGCCUCUGCAGCGCGCGAGGGACGCGGCGUCGCGCUUUCUGGGAUAUUCCUCGAGAGCGCCGAGUCCUCACGGGGCCCGAGACAAUGACCGCUUCUCGCACGGCGGCCGCCAGUUCAUGCGUGCGGCAUCGUUGAGCCAGACGCAGAACGCGACGACAAGUCACAAGACGGGGCUGGAGCUGCGCACAAUCAGCAUCAACGAGAGCGGAAGCCAUGCGAUCAUUGCGGGGAAGGAGAUCUUCAAGACCAUCCGAAUCGAAGACGGGCGGUGCGCGGAGGACUUCAACCUGAGGACGGCAAUCCGAAGUACACCGACGACCGCGGCCGGACAGCCUCGACACAUCUAUUCCAUCGACAUUGCCGACGUCGCAUGGGCCAAAGGCGACACGGGCAACUUUGUCGCGGCCGCCACGUCGAGUGGCAAAAUCAUCGUGUACGAUCUGGGGCAUGCCGGACUGCAGGCCGCUCAACUGCACGAGCAUUUCCGCCACGUGCACAACGUGACCUUCAAUCCUCACCAAGGCAGUCUGCUGCUGUCCGGCAGUCAGGAUGGCACUGUCCGUCUCUGGGACAUCCGCGAUGUGCGCCAUGUCCAGAGCCGAGCCAGCAUGAUCGCCAGCAAACGCAAAUACUCGGGCCAGAGCGAGGGCGUGCGGGACGUCAAGUGGUCGCCGACGGAAGGACUCGACUUUGCGUUCGCCACCGACGGCGGCGAGAUCCAGCGCUGGGACAUGAGGAAUCUGACCGCGGCCAAAGUCCGCAUCCCAGCACACAUGGGCGCCUGCAACACGGUCGACUGGCAUCCAGACGGCAAGCACAUCGUCAGUGCCGGCAGUGACAAGACCAUGCGCGUAUUCGACGUCUCAGCCAGCCGCCCUCGGAAGGCGGCGUGGGAGAUCAAGACGCCGCAUGCCGUGAUGAAUGCCCGAUGGAGGCCUUCGUGCCAGUCGUUGAUGCCUCAGGACAACGGCGCCGGUCUGUGUACGCAGGUCGUUGCUGCGUAUGAUCGAGAGCACCCCGUGCUGCACAUAUGGGAUCUUCGCCGGCCGCUCCUUCCGUUUCGUGAGAUGUCGCCCUACCCUUCCGCACCCACUGACCUGCUCUGGCACUCGCAAGAUUUGCUGUGGACAGUGGGGCGCGAAGGCACCUUCCUCCAGACCGAUAUCCACCACACUUCCAAAGUCAUCGAUAGAUGCAACUUGCAGGCACUCGCCGUAUCUCCGCUGGGCGAGCUCACUUUCGUCGCUCAGACGCGAAAGCAACGCCGCGUUCCGAAGCCACAACCACAGCCCCUUUCUUCUCUCCACCCACAACGCAGCUCUCCUCUCAGCACAAGCCCAGACACAACCUUCCUCAGUCGAAGUCUUGGCGACGACUCGCUCGACGAGGCCUUUCUCAGCGCCCUGCCCAUCCCGCGCCCGACAAGAACCAGCGGCAGCGGCAGCGGCAGCGGCAGAUUCUCAAUCCUCAGCACUCCCGCUCGCAGCCAGAACCACUCUGCCACCAUCAAACUCGACGACAUCUUGGUGAAUCGGAUGUCGUUCAUACCACAGCAAACGGCUUGUCGUGGGCAACUGCCAAGUCACAACAACCGCAACUAUGUAGCCUAUGUGGCCAAGCGAAUCAACCCAGAGCUUCCAGUUGGCCACAGCGGCGAAGACUUCAUCAAGGCAAUCGAGGAGACUUGUUCGGAGAAUGCUGGGUAUCUGGAAGCCAUUGGCUUCUUGCAGGCCUCGCAGACGUGGAAGAUCGUCAGCUUUUGUCUGACGAAGCAUCUGAAGGAGAGAACGGCGCGUCGGCGCAAGCCCGAGACUUCGUCACCAGUGGUCGACGGCAAGACAUCAGCUUCGAUAGAGAAUCUAGCGACCAAGCUGGCAGCACAACACUUGAAAUCACCCGUAGAGUCUCCAGCAAGCAUGCGGCCAAUGUCCACCAUCACACAGCAGCUGGCAAUGCCCGAGAGUACUUCGAAUGUACCAACGCCAUUGGCUCGGCCCUCAGAAAACGGCAAGAACCACACUUUGCGUCACCAACCGCUUCUGCCAGAGCUGGACAAAGACGACCACAUGGCACUUCCGCCCUCGUUGGCAUCGGCCCAUGCAUCACCACCUCGACCAGACUCAUCUGAACCAUCAGAGCAGACACGCAGACCUACCAUCAGCACCCUCGCUGAUAUGCAAGGCAACCAGUCCUAUGCAGAAGAAACAGAACGCAAUGAGAUGGUGAAGCGCUGGAGCAACCAGUCCAAAAACUUUCUCGAUCUCGAUCCAGUGGACGUUAAAGGCGUCAAGAUCCCACCGGCGAAGCUCGAGAAUCAUGGCAGUGGCGAGAGCUUUCGCUUCCUAGAAGAUUCUGCCGGUUCUCGAGGCCCUUCUUUUCCAAGCUCACUCGAAAGCGCAGGCGCCAGCGGGCUGCCAAUGGUCGCUGCACAUCCAACACGCCAGAGAAGCCCACGUCCUCCGGUCGAAGAUGCAGCGUUAAUGGUCAACGAGAGUGAAGAGAUAGGAGCUGCCCCACACACCAUGUUCUUCAACGGCUCUGGCAUACUCAGUGCAGUGAACACGAGGCAAAACUCUGGUAAUACGAGCAUGGAGCCCUCCCACGAAGAUCUUCAAAAGCUUCGAAACGGCAGCACCGAGGAGACAGAUUUUCCAUAUCGGCACGACGCAUAUGAUGUUACUGGCCACGAUCCCGUUUUGCCACCAAGCAACCCUGCUGGUAGUGAAGGGAUCGAUCUGGCGACACGCCCUCGCUUUGCACCAAAGGCGCUAGAUCACGAUAUCUCGACACGCGUAAUCGAUAACAUGCUCUCUCAAGAACCCGCUUCACCGACCGAUAGUGUCAUCGAUGCUGCUGAGGUUGACCUUGAGGACACGAAACCAUGGACACUCAUCGAAAUGCUGAAAAAGCUGAUUGAAUUCUACACUACCGAUCAAGUCUAUCCACAAAUGGCCGCGCUUCUCCUAUUGCUCUUAGGACCACUGCUGCCUCGUACUCAUCCUCUGCCUGUCCCGGAGAUUCACAAGACAGUGUCUUCCUACGUCGACUACUUUGUCAACAGCUUAGGCUGGGACCCCGAGGAAGUACCAAACCUCAUCCAGCAGUCGUUUGAGCAACCAAUGAAGGCAGGCCUACAGCCUUUGCAAGUGGAAAGCAUUCUCUCAACGUACCACGAACAACUGCUACGACAUCAGCUCUUCGAAGAGGCCGCUCUACUGCGUAAGCUCGCAUACCCAGCAUACCCCGCCGUGUACGAAGACUUCCUCCUGGACAAUGGCGUCCAUCUCAUGUGUGGCCAAUGCAGCAAGCCGAUGAGCGGCGGAUCGAGCCCACUGCGCUGCCAGAGUUGCCGAUCGAAGCAGGACAACUGCCCAGUAUGCUGGAUGGGCAGUAGUCCAUACGAGAACGAGGCCUCGAAGCUCUUCACUUCGUGCCUUCUGUGUGGUCAUAGCGGCCACGCAGCCUGCUUGCGUGAGUGGUUCGUCUCGUGCGGAGGCGAUGGCUGUCCGACUGUAGGCUGUCUAUGCGACUGCGUGGAUGGCCCUUGGCGGCAAGAGAAGACAGCCGCUGCCGCGCAGGAGGCGGUGGGAAAAGACCACCGUCGUGUCAAGUCCGACGAGUGGAAGGCUCAGCCGAGUAAGGCAGUCUCGGGAGCAAGGAAAGAGUUGAGCAAGUAA